CGGCUGCGGGCGGCUUCACGCUGCUGUGAGAGCGUCUAUAACAAAGAGCGGAGGGAGAGAUUUGUUUUGUUUAUGGUUUUGAUUGGAGGUAAAGUAAUCGAUUAUUGAUCAUUAUCGAUCAGCUUCAUAUGAGGGCAGUUCUGCGGCGCGAGGGGAACAGCAGCUGAUUAUCCGUAUGAGCUGUUCUAGUCGGGUGCUGCACCAUGUUGGCUGUCUGCAGGUUUACCGGCUGAACUAGCGCUGACGUUAGCGUAGCGCUGGAAGCUGAGAGAUGGGGAACACUGCCACCAAGUUUCGUAAAGCGCUGAUGAACGGAGACGAGGUUCUAGCAUACCAGUUGUACGAGGGGAACCCGCAGUUUAAAGAGUCUCUGGACCCGAACACCUCUUACGGAGAGCCUUACCAGCACAACACCCCACUACACUAUGCUGCCCGGCAUGCCAUGACCCGCAUACUCAGGUCCUUCCUCUUCAGUAAGGACGGAAACCCCAACAAGCGGAAUGUGCACAACGAGACUGCGCUCCACAUGCUGUGCAUGGGCCCACACAUCCUGCUGCCAGAGGGGGCGCUGCAGCCCCGCCUGGCCCGGCCGUACGAGGACGAGCGCCGCCGGUCCGACUGCCUGCAGAUGAUCCUGAAGUGGACUGGUGCCAAGCUGGACCGGGGCGAGUACGAGAGCGCUGACGUAAACGCCACGGACAACAAGAAGAACACGCCGCUGCAUUACGCAGCCGCCUCAGGGAUGAAGAUCUGCGUAGAGUUUCUGGUGAAGCGGAAUGCAGACCUGUUCGCGGAGAAUGAGAAUAAGGAGACUCCGUGUGACUGCGCCGAGAAGCAGCAUCAUAAGGAGCUGGCUCUCAGUCUGGAGUCUCAGAUGGUUUUCUCUACAGAUCCGAAUGCAGAGGACAUUGAGGCCGAGUAUGCUGCCCUCGACCACCGGGAGUUCUAUGAGGGUCUGCGGGUGCAGGACCUGCGGAGGCUGAAGGAUAUGUUGAUAGUGGAGACGGCGGACAUGCUGCAGGCUCCUCUCUUUACAGCAGAGGCUCUUCUCAGGGCACACGACUGGGACAGGGAGAAGCUUCUGGAAGCGUGGAUGUCGAAUGCUGAGGACUGCUGUCAGCGCUCCGGCGUCCAGAUGCCCACCCCCCCGCCUCGCGGCUACAACGCCUGGGAUACGCUCCCGUCCCCCCGGACCCCACGCACCACCCGCUCCUCCAUCACCUCCCCCGACGAGAUCAGCCUCUCCCCGGCCGACGACGACCGCUCCCUGUGUGGGAUCUGCAUGUGUGCCGCCUCCAUGUUUGAAGAGCCUGUUGAUAUUCCAUGUGGGCAUGAGUUCUGCAGAGCAUGCUGGGAAAGCUUUUUGAACCUGAAGAUCCAGGAGGGGGAGGCCCAUAAUAUUUUCUGCCCAGCCUACGACUGCUUCCAGCUGGUUCCUGUGGAAGUCAUAGAGAGUGUGGUGUCCAAAGAAAUGGAUAAGCGCUACCUGCAGUUCGAUAUUAAGGCGUUUGUGGAGAAUAACCCUGCGAUCCGGUGGUGCCCGCGAGCAGGCUGUGACCGGGCGGUGCGGUUGGCGGGGCAGGGACCGGGUGCCAGCGCUUCAGAUCCACUCAACUUCCCUCUCCUGCAGGCUCCUGCUGUGGACUGUGGGAAGGGUCACCUCUUCUGCUGGGAGUGUCAGGGAGAGGCUCAUGAACCCUGUGACUGUCAGACGUGGAAGAUGUGGUUACAGAAAGUUUCUGACAUGAAGCCACAAGAACUGGCAGGGGUGAGCGUGGCGUAUGAAGAUGCUGCCAACUGCCUGUGGUUACUAACCAACUCCAAACCCUGUGCAAACUGCAAAUCACCCAUUCAGAAGAACGAGGGCUGCAACCACAUGCAGUGCGCCAAGUGUAAGUAUGACUUCUGCUGGAUUUGUCUGGAGGAGUGGAAGAAGCACAGCUCGUCUACGGGAGGGUAUUACCGCUGCACUCGCUACGAGGUGAUCCAGCAGGUGGAGGAGCAGUCUAAAGAGAUGACUGUGGAGGCUGAGAAGAAGCACAAGAGCUACCAGGAACUGGAUCGAUUUAUGCACUACUAUACCCGCUUCAAGAACCAUGAACACAGCUAUGAGCUGGAAGACCGUCUCCUCAAAACUGCCAAAGACAAGAUGGAGCAGCUGAGUAAAGUGCUGAGUGGAAGAGAAGGAGGUCCUCCAGACACCACGUUUAUCGAAGACGCAGUCCACGAGCUUCUCAAGACUCGCCGCAUCCUCAAGUGCUCUUAUCCCUACGGUUUCUUUCUGGAGCCUAAAAGCACAAAGAGAGAGAUAUUUGAACUUAUGCAGACUGACCUGGAGAUGGUGACGGAGGAUCUUGCCCAAAAGGUGAACAGGCCUUACCUCCGCACCCCCCGCCAUAAGAUCAUUCGGGCCGCCUGCCUGGUGCAGCAGAAGAGGCAGGAGUUCCUGGCCUCCGUAGCUCGAGGGGUGGCACCCAACGACUCACCUGAAGCCCCUCGCCGCAGUUUUGCUGGGGGGACGUGGGACUGGGAGUACUUGGGCUUCGCAUCUCCAGAGGAGUAUGCUGAGUUUCAGUACCGCCGCAGACACCGGCAGCGCCGCCGUGGAGACAUGUCCAGCCUGAGGAGCAACACGCCAGACUCUGAUGAUCACAACCCCGGAGCUUUAGAUUCAGAGCUGGUGGGGUGUAGUCAGAGACCAGGCCUGCCUAUGCCUCACAGCUCCUUGGAUGAAGAUGACCCAAACAUCCUGCUGGCCAUCCAGCUUUCCCUGCAGGAGUCCGGGCUGGCUGCUGUUGCUGGAGGGGGAGGAGUGGACGCUCAGGAGAUGCUGGCCCACGAGGCGUCCAUGGGAGCCAUCGGUACGUCUCUGCCCUCCAGGCUGGACCCGCUGCUGCACGGAGUGGACGUCCCCCGCGCUGCCCUGAGCAGCUCCGAGCUGCUGGAGGUUGGAGAUAGCCUGAAGAAGCUGGGCAAUAUGAGCGGCCAGAACGUUCCACAGUGCUUUAACAAUCUGGGCAAUCCCAAUCCUAAUCCCAAUCCUAAUCCUGCCCACGAGCCCACCGGAGGCCCGUUCCCACCUCCGCCUGGACAAAUGGAGACCACUGACAUGGAUCCUGCUGAUAACGCUAACCUGCUGGGGAACAUCAUGGCCUGGUUCCAUGAUAUGAACCCUCAGAACAUCAGUCUGGUUCCCCCGGCCGCUCCCUCAGACCUGGAGUUCAGCAGCCAGGCCCCGGAGCAGCCCGGGGAAAACCUGUUCCAGCAGUGGCCUCCAGAGGGCGACGGGGGCGUGGUCAGUGAAUUUUGCAGCACUGAAGAGCGAGAACCCAACAGACCCACUCAGCUGAACCUGGUGACCGUGGAUCUGCCAUCAGCACCGUCGGCUCUGGUGGCUCAGAUGAGCGAGGACCUGGACACGCCUCCCCCUCAACAGUCUGAAACCCCUAAAUGUAACUCGGACCCCGACCAGCCCAGCAGUAGCUCCUCUGAGUGGGAGGGUCAGGUGCAUCUUGUAUGAAUUCAGGACCCCUCGUCCUGAACCGCGGAGCUGCCAAACCACUUUUGAUGUGAAGUAGCCAAGUCAGAAAAAAAAGAAAGGGGGAAUCCACCAGUUAUUCUUUCAGAAUCCUCUGCAUAAUUCUCUUCACUGUUAGAGGUGAGCUGUUCAGAGUGCGGGUUUGGUUUGAAACUGUGCUUGAUUUUUUUCUAGACAAUUAAACAAAACAACUUUUUUGGUUAACGGAACCAGAUCCUUACAGAAAGUACAACACAAAUAUAAAAUAUAUAUUUUAUAGGGGUGUAAAGGUAUGUGUAUUCUUUACGAACCUUCACGGUACGGGGGUCAGGGUUCGGUUCACGCAAACGCAUUCAGAAUACACGCUACAGGCAGUCUAUAUGAGACUUAUGGAACCAAUCAACGUAAUGCGGAACUAAUGAAGUGUUGCACCUGGACAGUGUAGCUGUAGCACUGUUGCUAUUAGCAACUCGCUACUGACUUAGCCCAUAGCCUGUCCUGAGAAGUUUAGCUCUGACUGGAAACAGGCUGGAACACACAAGCAGAGAACGCAGAAACACAAAUAAUUCACUCGUACUGUGUCUCUCUGCCUGUCUCUCUCUCUCUUCCCGUCUCUUUCUCUCUCCCUGUAUUUCUCUCUAUCUUCCUGUCUCUCUCUCCCUGUCUCUCUCUCACCUAUGAAGUCAAUCUCUCGCACUCUCUCUCUCUCUCUCCCUGUCUCUCUCUCUCUCUCCCUGUCUCUCUCUCUCUCACUUAUGAAGUCUCUCUCUUGCACUCUCUCUCUCUCUCACUCUCACUCAUGAAGUCUCUCUCUCGCACUCUCUCUCUCUCUCUCUCUCUCUCCCUCUCUCUCUCUCACUUAUGAAGUCUCUCUCUCUCUGUCUCUCUCUCACUUAUGAAGUCUCUCUCUCGCACUCUCUCUCUCUCUCUCUCUCUCUCUCUCCCUGUCUCUCUCUCUCUCUCUCUCUCUCUCUCCCUGUCUCUCUCUCUCUCUCUCUCCCUGUCUCUCUCUCUCUCUCUCUCUCUCUCUCUCUCACUCUCACUUAUGAAGUCUCUCUCUUGCACUCUCUCUCUCUCUCUCUCUCGCACUCUCACUUAUGAAGUCUCUCUCUUGCACUCUCUCUCUCUCUCUCUCUCUCUCUUUCACUCUCACUCUCACUUAUGAAGUCUCUCUCUCUCCCUCUCUCUCUCUCUCUCUCUCUCACACUUAUGAAGUCUCUCUCUCCCUGUCUCUCUCUCACUUAUGAAGUCUCUCUCUUGCACUCUCUCUCUCUCUCUCUCUUUCACUCUCACUCUCACUUAUGAAGUCUCUCUCUCUCCCUCUCUCUCUCUCUCUCUCUCUCUCUCUCACACACUUAUGAAGUCUCUCUCUCCCUGUCUCUCUCUCACUUAUGAAGUCUCUCUCUUGCACUCUCUCUCUCUCUCUCUCUCUCUCACUCUCACUUAUGAAGUCUCUCUCUCUCUCUCUCUCUCUCUCACUCAUGAAGUCUCUCUCUCGCACUGGGAAAUUCCAUAAUUUUUUUUUAUCAUGAUUUUAAUUAAUUGUUAAUUCAUUAAUUGAACACCACUAAUAUAAUUAAAUUUUGACAGUUUAAUGCUGAUAUCUCUUAAAAAAGAACCCAAACACUGAAAUGCAUCAAAUAAUAUGCUUAGGAAAAAUAUUUGUAGUUUAAGCAUUAAUUAAAGUAAUGCUGUUGUUUUUGUUCUUAAUAAAGCUCCAAAAUCAGGCUCAUUAUUUUUUCCAUCAAGAUCCAAAAGAUGGAGCCUCUCAUGUUGACAGUAUGAGAGAACCCUGGUUUCAAGCAUUUAAUAAAUGUGCUCAAACCCCGUUACAACAUUCCAUCCCAAAAAACAAAACAUGAUUAUAAUGAAGAAUCAUUGUUAUUAUAAAGUUAAUACAGGUAAGGCUAUACAGAAUGCCCAGCCUCUUUAUUUUUUCCACCAACCGUACCGAAAACGUGUGAACUGAACCGUGAUUUUUCUGUACCGUAACACCCCUAAUAUUUUAUGUUACAUACUAUCUAAACCAACUAGUCAGUUUUCUUCAGGGACUAUUUCUUGCUGCAUCCACUUGCAUGUAUCCCUCCUUCAGUUUAAAGAUUUUAAAUUUUAAAGCCAAAAUCUCAAACUCUCAAAACUCUGAUGAAGUAGUACAUUUACUCACCAUCACUCUACACUACUACACUAUACUGACAUUAUUGUUUAAGAUUGACAUAGAAUUAAGCUAGAAUUUCACACCAAACCCACCUCCAAACUCUACUCCAAAGAAGAACUGUUUAUUUAUGCAGAGAAUUUUGAAAUGAACUCCCCUUUAAGGUGAGAGGAGAAAGGUAAUAUAAGUUGCGUAGUCAGACGAAUAGAAAUUGCAGAAACUGUAUUUUAAGAAAACUAAAAACGUAAGUAUUGAAGCUUGUCUGUCGUCUCGCGCUGCGGGGUCUACUUUGAUGUGCUUCGGAGGUGUGUGAUGUGUUCUUUGAUGUGGGACAAUUAACAGGAGGAGGAGAGAGAGAGAGACGGCUGAUAAAAACAGAAGGAUAGAUGGCUGUAUGUAGUUGAUGGCAGGGGGUAAAUAGUUUAGCUAGAGAGAGAUUAGCCUUGGUGCACUACUCCUGUUUGAUUAUCUUUCACAAAAAAAAAAAAAAAUCUACUGUACACAACAAGAGCAUGUGUAGCCAUGGCUAGGCUAGGCUAGGCUAGGCUAGUUUGAAUGUCCUGUGUGGCCUGCAAGAUGCGCUUUAUCUGGAUGUGGGUGUUACUGUAGGUGCCAUAAACGCUGGCGAGAGCUGACGCGAUGCCAGCGGACAGUGUGAUGACUGUGCCUGCUGCUGAGGUCUAAAGCAGCCCCUUUACAAACACCACCCCCUUCCUUUAAACCCUGUGGGCAGUAUUAGAGAAAUUCUAAAAAAAAAAAUGUGAGUGUUUAAUCUCUCUCUGUUGUGUCUGCAGCUCACAGUUCAUUACCAACCACUGUUACCUGCUAUUUUGAAUGGUAUUUUGCAGAAUAUUGGUAGGAAAUGUAUGAAAAUUAAGUAAAUGGGCAGUUUUGUAGUUUUUCUACUCUCUAUAUAAUAUUCAAUGGGCGGGUAUAUUUUUAUAUUUUUCCAUUUUAAAAAAGCAUAAUAUGAUUAUAUAUAUGUAAGUAUGCUUCAGAAGGUGUUUUGUCCUUUUCCUAAAUCCAGGGAAAUGUGAUACAUACUGUAAAUGAUAGUAUGUGAAAUAUAAUAGCAUAUAUACAGUUAUAUAACAGCAUUUCUCUGUACUAGGAUAAAGAAGAAGGGUUUAAAUAUUUAAUGUUAUAUAGUGUAUAAUGGUUGCUGAAAACCCCUGGGAAAGCCCCUGACCAAUCACAAUUCUAACGCAGCCCCGCCCUCUCUUUGAGUCUGAGCAGCUGCCAAAGCUACAAAAUAAAAGUCAUACAAAAACAUUUAAUAUAUACAAAUGAGUUUUUAGGGGAUUUAAGCAAUUUUGUUCUAUUAUGUAUUUAUAUUAUAUAAUUCCUCGUUCUGGCCAUUGACUUUCACUAUUAGCGAUGAGAUUAAAUAUAUAUAUAUAAUAGUAUAUAACAUAAUAGUAUUUACAGUGUUAUAAGGUGGUAUAGAGUCGGGGUCCGUAGGCAGUUUUGAAGAGGGUAAAUCAAUGAAUGAUGAGUUUUUAGUGAACAGUGUUUGUGGUAAUGGGCUGUACGCUGCAGGUUUGGCAGGUGGAGAUUAGGGUGGAGUACUCCUCACUCUGGCUAAUUGUGAGGUAAGGAAGAUUCUGGUGAUUGUGAUGAUGGUUAAAGAUGGUGGUGAAAGAAAGUGUAAGUUGCGAGCUGAGUUGUGAUCCUUUUUCUCGGUAAAGCUGAUCACUGUAAGGCUGAUAUACUUGCUGUUUGGCUAUGCUCUCACGUUGACAGCCGGCUGCGUUGUGAAUGUAACUGUUUAAACUCUCGCACGUGUGCUGCACUGGAUACUUGCACUAGAGGGCGCUUCAUCCCUGCUAUGUUUCCAGUAUGUGUUUAAUUUUGCCAUUCCACGUCAACUUUUAAUGUUGAUAAAAUAAAACAAUGCUGAUUAUUGAUGGGAAUAACAGGGCAUCUUAUAAUAUUAUAUAACGUUAUGUUGCCCAUUAUGAUGAUUACAUCACGAUACUAUGAUUUUGCGAUAUUAUUACUGUAUUAUCUUCAGAAUCUGUGUUACUGUAGACAAUUAAAUUGUGGAUUUAUUGGUGUCAGAAUUUAACAACCAGUAUUUUUCACCGCAGGUUUACCCAAUUCAUUUGAUUAUAACGCCACUAGGUGAAGUAAUGAAGCAGUAUCUUUAAUACAUCACUAAUUAUAGGUAGACUUUUAGGGAGUUUAGAGUGCCUAUGUUGCAAUAAACUUAUUCAUAACAUUCAUUGACGCCACAAAUCAAUACAGUACAAUUGAAACUAUACGAUAUAUCGCCAUAUCGAUAUAUUGUCCUACCCAUAAUGCUGAUCUCUGGUGAGGACACAUCAUACAGAUGCGGGUCGUUUUAGGAACUGCAAAUUGCUGCACUGCCCCCUAGUGGUGUGGUGUGUACUGCACCUCGCUUAUGUAAUAUGUUAAUUCCUGAAUUUGUGCACAACCCACACACAAAAAAAACCCCAAAAAGACGCAGGUAACGCAAGGCAGCCAUUGUGUGUACGUAAACGUAUAGUUAACAGCACGUAUAUCUCUAGUGUAAUACGCCACUGUUGGAUGAGAUGGAGUGUGACGUGAAGGUGAUGUUCUGCAGUGUGUUUUUUUGUUUUUGUUUUAUGGUUAAAGCGGUUCUAUCUAACUCUACGCAAACUCAUCACAGUGCCUUUUCUGUGAGUUCUCUCCUAUUUAUUGCCACAUCUCUGGAGCACCGGCCUCCGGACGCAGUGUUUUUAACCACAUGUUUUUUAUAUAUAUCCUCUCUGCCACCCUUUAGCUCGACUCUGAAGCGUUUUUCUAAAGCAUUUAUUAUGAGCGCCACUGGGUUCCUCGCCGGGUUCCCACGCACCUCCUCCAAUCGUACUAACUCCACCGCCGAUUCAGUGAGCUGGGUGUGUGUACAGUAUGUGACGCCAUCGUGCUUCAUUCAGUGUGUAAAACGCCAGACCUGAUUAAUAUAUUGUACAAUUGAUUUUCUAUUUAUUUGAAAUUGAAUGUCUUUCAUAUAAAACAAAUGAAAUAAUUGAUAAUGUAUAAAAAAAAGCCAAUGUUUCGUCUAGUUCUGUUUCGACAGUCCUUUUACAGUGCCACUUUUAAAUACGCGCUUUAUACUAAUUAAUCGUGACUACUGAGGUGAUAAUCGUUAACAGCCAUUUCAACAAUUAAUACUUUUCUUUUUGUUAUAUUAGUAUUAUAAUAAUAAUUAUUAUAGAUUUUUUUUUUAUGGGCAUGUAUUUCUAUAAACACCAAAUCAGCCAAAUCUUCUAAACUUGACUCAAGUCAAGACUGACUCAUUGAAACCUUCAACUCAGAGUAAUACUAUAUAUACACAUAUAUAGUGUAUAAUAACUAUAUAUUCAAUGCUAUAUACUGUAUCUGUAUAGAACAUUUCCAGAAUUGUAAUUUGCUGUACACUCCAUUAUCAUUAAUAUUGUACUGUAACAAGUUCUCUCGAUGCCAUAGAACAUUACAUUUUGAUCAAAUGCAUGAAAAAAAUGAUAAAUAGUUGAUUGGUCUGGACACCAUGUUGCAGGACAACAGCUCAUAACUGGGGGUCUGUAAAUCUGUCAAGGCCAAUCAUUUAAUGCCUGGCCAAAAAAAAAAAAUCUUCAGCAAAAAACAAAAAAAAAGGUUGUAUUGCCCCACAAGAUUUAUUUCAAUCCAGUGUUGCAUUAAUUUUUCACCAAGAUCAUUACCACCAUUGAUGAUGGUAGAGUCUGACCACUGCACAAAGCAUCACUUCUCCAUCCAGCACAUCCCAAAGAUUCUCAAUGAGGUUAAGAUCUGGACUCUGUGGUGAAGAAUCUAUGCUCCCUGAAUCACUCUUUCACAAUUCCAGCCCCAUGAAUCCUGGCAUUGUUAUCUUGGAAUAUAGCCGCGCCAUCAGGGAAGAAAAAAUAUAUUGAUGGAAUAACCUAGUCUAUAUUCAGUAUAUUCAGGUAGUCAGCUGACCUCAUUCUUUCAGCACAUACAGUUGCUGAACCUAAACCUGCAGACCAACUGCAGCAUCAACCAACCCCACAUCAUUUACUUACUUAAAUCCAGGUGGAGACUUUUUUUUUUUGGUCAGGCAGUGUAUAUAUAGACCGAUUCAUAACACAUUACAAUUUAAGGACCAAAUCCUUAGUAUGUGACUGGCUAGCUGGUAGCACUACCACAACCUGUGCAGUUCUAAAUGGCAAGCUUAGCUCAGUUUGAAUUUAAAUCCCUUCUAGCUACACCGCUAACAAAUUAGCACCAAUAAAAACCUUAAAGAAGAAAUCUGGUGUGAAUUAGAAUUGGGGUGUAGUAAAACAUGAUUUUAGUAUAAACUUUUAGCGAAUAGCUCAACUUCAUUCAGCUCACCCCCUGCAUUCUGAAAUACUUCGCUUUUAGCUGAUGCUCCCAAUGCUCGCAUUGUUUUCAAACUUAUGGGUAUAGGGUUGCCCAUGUAAAGAAAUCAACAUUAUUACACCAUUAACAAGCUCAAAGUAGCUCCACACUUCAUAUUUAGAAUUCUGAGGCCCUGACAUUUAAAAUGGGACACUAUUAAAAUUAGUUUUAAAUAAACUAGUGCACAGCUAGUUUAUUUAAAACACUGUUUAAACAGUACAUACAGUACCUUCAGGUAGUUCUCUGGGGGCCACCUUCUUGAAGUUAAAGUGACGAUAACUCGACUGAGGAGUCACUGAGUAGUAAAACCUUAGUAUAAGUAUGCCAUUUGUUAUGGUGCUCUUUAUUUUCAUGAAGACAGAGGUGGGCUAUUUGACAAAAGUUUGUACUUAACAUUUUUCACUACGCUCUUUUCAAACCGAUUUAAAUUCCUACAACCCCCCUGAAAGGACAUGAGGGGACAUUUUAAUUAUCUUGGGAUAAAUAUUUUGGGAUAAUGCGUUAGAAAAAAAUAAUCUCAGGUGUUUGUUGCCUACAAAUUACCAACUCUGGCCUUUAGAUGGCACCAAUGUGCCAUUCACUAUUAUCUUUUUUUUUAAGCAGAGUUUAAACAGUUUGAAACGUGUUUUAAAACAGACCACAGAGGAAGGAUUGCCCUGAUAAAUUUGAGGUAACGUUAUCUGUUCUUAUUUAAAAGGAGCAACGGUUUUCUGAACAACAUGGAUUCAAUUUUAUAAGGUGCCUGUAAGGGUGUUUGUGCCCACUCUAAACUCUGGAUGGUACAAAUGCUCAUCUUCAAGAAGAAUGUGUCUUCUUUUGAAUAUUAAAAAAACAGUACCUCCGAUAUAAAACAUCUGUGUAAUCUAACCUUCCUCUGGAAAAGAAAGAAAAAAAAACAUUUUAAAACAUGUUUCAAAUAAAGCUCUGAUAUAACAGUGUCUGUUAGCAAGCACUGAAUUAAUAAUGAAUAAUUAUAUUUCCAUUAGAGUAGUGCAAAUUACAUAAUUAACUUCCAGCACCCCUAAAUAAUGAGUGGGUUUGGAAAAAGAUAAUGAAUAGCGUAUUGGUAGCGUCUACAAGCCAGAGUGGGAAGUUACCUGAUAUUACCCAUGUAAUUCCAUGUUUCACUAAAAUUACAGUUUUUUAAUCCCAAAUGUCCUUGUGUUUUGGGGGCUGUGUUUUUCAGUGCGCUCUGCUAAACCCGUAAAUAAGCCUCCAGUGCUAAACGCUGUAGCUAUAUCCAAUAAAUAGCCAUAUGGCUAACUGAUUAAAUAAAAAGAAGCUGCUGUAUUUGUGAAUUCUCUACUGGUGGGAUGUGCGCUAACCUGUUAGCUGGGUAGCUAAGCUAAUGAAAUAAAUAUUUGUAGGUUUUAUGUGUAGUUUCUCUACCGGUGGACACUAAUAUGAUAGCUAGGUCUCUUAGCUAGGUUAGGUAGCAUUAUACAAUCUGAGUUUACUGUGUUGCCUUGUCAGUAAACUCAGUUUGUAUAAUGCACCAGAGAAAAAAAAAUAAUUAUCACAAAAAUCACAUGAUAACAUUUAAAAACAGUGGAUGUGUGAAUGCACACAAAGCCUCUAAGCAGCACAUAUCUAUUAGUAGAACUUGACAGAACAUAACAGCCAAGCUAAGCUAAGCUACACUAAGCUGAGCUAAGCUAAGCUAAACUAAGCCAAGCUGGCUAAACUGUGGUCAGUGCUACGUAAAUCGGAUUGACUAGUCAGAAUCAUCAUUCCCAGAAAUCUACAAACACAAGAUAUGUGUUUUUGAAACUAAACAAAUUUAACCAGAUUAAAUACAGUACAGAACACUGUACGCUGUACUCAAGGACUUGCUUUAGAACCUAUGUUCUAUGGCAUCGCUCAUAGAACCAUUUUUUGUUUGUUUUUAAGAGUGCAAUAUUAAUGAGAACUGGAGUGUACAGUACUGAAAAUAUCGGAAACGCUCAAAAAUUAUGUGUAACUACGAACUCUUCCACACACACACAUGUUGGGGAUACAUGCACUGAUUGUUCCGAGGGUUCUGGUUCUGUUCUGAUCAUGUUCUAGAUGACUGAAACAGACCCCAGUGUUCCGAGGGUUCCAUACAGAGGAGACUCUCAGUGGGUUCUCUUCUCGCAUGUCCGGAUCUAGAGGAACUGACGUGGUUCUGUUUGUGUGUGUGUGAGACACAGUGUUCUAGAUCAGAAUGUGUGUGUGUAAGAGUCUGGUUCUCCUGAAGAAAGAAAGGCAGAUGAAGGCGGGUCGGUGGAGAACUUAAAGAAAGCAUAUUUUCUAACCCGGUGCCGUUUUUUUAUUGUUAAACUAAUCCUGAUACGGUUUUGCACUUUCAGAGUUUAUACUUGAUACAUUCCCACUUUCUAUGGAAAUACCAUGUUUGAUGUUUGGCCAAUAAAUUUGACUGAACUGAGUGAAACUCAAUAAAGUUGUCAAGACAAGUCAAAAAUCA